AUGAAUCUAAAAAUUGAUAACCAAUAUUCAUCGCCUUUUAAAGUAGUCAAUGUAGAUAGUAAAGGCUCUUAGUCAUCUGGGCUUUAAUUCAAAAACAGUUCAUAAAAUUAAUCCUUAUUCUAGAUAACUUCAAGACUUCAUACAACUUCAAGCAAGAAUUAAAGCUUAUAGCUGUUAAACAAUUAUUCGUUUGCAGAAGUAAAGGAUAGUUUAGAUAAAGCUAAAAAUGCUAUAGAUACGCUUCUUAUAGAUAAGCUAAAUCUUUAAAAUCAACUAGAGUUUUAUGAGUGCAGUUAAGGAAACAAUUAUUUUGAUAGAUACAAUUAAAAUCAAAGAACUAAUGCAUAAAGCACUGGUAAUGUGAAUAUUCAAGCAGCUUAGAAUUAUAAAAUAAAUAUGGCUUAACUUUUAAAUUAGCAUAAUAUUGAAUAGAAUAUAAAUUGCAAUCAGCAUUAAAUAUCACCGAAAGCACUAAAAAUUCAAGAGAAUUUAGAAAUAAGCGAAGCUAACAAAGACUGCAUUCCACAAUUGACUUAGCCUUCUUCAAUAACAAAUAACUCUAAUAGUAGUUAUUAGGCACUAUCUGAAUUAAUAGACAGCUUAUAGAAAUAGAAUAUUUAAUAUAGAUCUUAAUUAAAUAAAUAAAAAGAUUCUGAAGAGAAGUAAUAAGCUAUGAAAAAGGAAAUCAACAGUUUAACGUCUUAAUUAGCUUUGCUAAAUUUAAAAAUGCAAAGUAUGCAAGAAUAAAAAACUAAAUUAGACAAGAAUCAUAAAAUCAUGUCAAAAAAGAAAAACAUAAAAUAAAGCUGUAGUAAUAGUGAUAGUAGCAGCGAAGAAGAUAGUUACUUUAGCAGCGAUUAAAGCUAAAGCAAUAGUAGAAGUAGUAGUAAUAGCAGUAUCACAUCAAAUACCAGCAAGGAUAAUUCGAAGAUAAAUUUAGAUAAAAUGUAGGAUCAAGAUAGGGUCUAAGAAAAAAAAAGCAAGGAAGAACAAAAAGUAGAAAUGCAGAAAAGAAAUAAUAAAUAGCUAAUUUAGUUAUUUCUUAAAAAUGUCAGAAUGAACAAAGAUUAACUUUUCUGUUUUAGACAGAAAUUUAAAAAUGAAUCUGAAUUCUAUAAUAAAUUAGACAAUAAAAAGUACAGCUACUUAUUUUACAAAAUGCUAGAUUAUCACAAUUAAAUAGUCUAGGAGUUUUAAAAUAGAAAUAAUAAUUUGCACCAAACAAAUCACUACAAGUAAAAUUCAAUAGAGAGUGCUUAAAAUUAUAUUUUAAGGUAGUAGCAACCUGAUUAAGCUUAAAAUAAACAAAAUACUUAGCAAUAUAAAAUAGACUAUAAUAUGUUAAAAUAAUAAAUACCUUAUAGACAUAGUACACAGUUGCAAAGUAGUUCAACAAAGUAAAUUUUGUAAUUACACUAAAAGAACAAAUCAAAUGACAGCUCUAACUAUCCUUACACAUCGCGACCAGUAUCUUCAAAUAUUACAAAAAAUCAGUAUAGUUUUUUAGCAAAUAAUUAAUCAAAUCAUAACUAUUCAGAUAUCAUGCAAGAUUUAAAUUUGUAGUCUACUAACACUCCUUUGGAGUAAUCUUUGAAUACUUAACACAAUGGCUAAAAUAAAGGAAGCUAUUUGUUUUCCAAAUUUAAUUCUCAAGAAUUACCAAGCUUGAAAUAGAUUACUCCUGAUGUCAAAGAUUACACAACUAUGCCUUCGUAUGAGAACACAAGUUUUAAUCGAAAUAUAUAAACAAUUAAGAGCUAGCUUUAAACAAUGACAAGCCCUUCCCAUAAAUAAUCUACCUAAUCAAAUGGUACAAUGAAUAAUUUUAACACGAUAAUGGACGAUUUUGAAUAUGAAGAAUCUCCAGAAACAGUUAAAAGAUAAGCAGAUAGCUUGAAGAAAAUUGAUAAUUUUACUUUGAACAAUCAAAGCUCUUCUCACGUUUAUAAUAACUAAAAAACACAUAAUGCAGAGAGAAACACUGUAUUCUAAAAUAAAAAUAUUUUUUUUGACAAAAAUAACAGCAAUAAUUUAAACUAAAAACCCAAAACAAAUAAUUAAAAUAGCAAUUAAAUAAUUAACAAUGGUAAAUAGGAUUAGAUUAGAAAUAAUUAAGAUCAUUAAAACAAAAUACUUUACUAUGAAAAUUAUAAUAUAUUUGAAGAUAGAUAAAAUAUGAAAUAAUAGAAUCAUGUUUAGAAAUAACCACAAUAAUAAUAAUAAUAAUAUAUAUAGAAAUCCCACCUCUCUAAAAUAUACGAAGAAUAGUUGUAACUUUCAUAGCAAUAAAGUGAAUAGAAAUUUACUCAAUAAUAGGAUUAGAAGAAUAAUAAUGAUAAAUAAAACUUACCUAAAUAUUAAAAAAUGGAAGAAUCAGAUAGAUACUAUCAGGAUUUUAUUGAAGAGAAACACUCAAAACAACAAAAUAUCGAAUAUUUAAAAGAAGACAGACAAGAAUUUUUACAUGAGUAGGAUUAAGAUAAGUAACGUAAUAAAUAGAUGACACCUCCUUAGAAAAAAGUGUUUAAUCACUUAUAGGCGGCACCUGAGCGAUCUAGUAACUCAAGUGAUAACAGAAAAAAUUAUUCUUAGAGUGCAAAAUAAAAAAAAAAUUUAAGACCUCCUUUGAAUGAAGAAAGUAGUUCUAAAGUUAAUGUGCCUUCAUUAGAUUUGGAGAGUGUAGAAAAGUGGAAUUAAAGCGGAUAGGAUUCAAGCAGCAAUAGAAAUAGCAAAUUUAAAGUAUAAAAAGAAAAGUAAUAAAAGCAAAAUACACAAGCUAAAUACAAAAAGCAGUAGUCAGCAAGCGAUGCAAAUACUUCUGAUGGAUGUGUCACACCUCAAUCUUAUACCAAUAUUCCAAGGACCUCGCAUCCUGACAACAUUUACUAUGUGAUGCCAAGCUUGAGAGAGAAGUACUUGAUGAGAAAAUCGUUAUAGCUAUCGAACAAAGAUGAAAAUAAAUAACUCUCUGGAUAUCAUACAGGGACAAACUAGGAAAAGAAAAUACAAGACAUAAACGGCCACUCAAGUAGUAACAACUCUAAAUUUAACAAUACAUCAAAUAAAGAGAAAUCAGGGUCGACUGAAUCGAAUUAGUUUUCAGAAGGACGGUCAAUUAAAGAUUUUUCGAUUGCUAACGAUGUAAAAAAGAGGAUUUUCGAAAAUCAAAGCUAAGACUAGUUUAAAUAAAACUCAAUCCAACUCUAUCAAAAUAAUCCUAAUUAAUACUGA